CUUUACUUCUCGUUCAGCUUAAUGUUACCCGGGUCAGCUUCUGACACUGUCUUUCAUUCUUCCUUGUUCACAGAUCGCGAGAACCAGUCAAUCCUGAUCACCGGAGAAUCCGGUGCAGGGAAGACUGUGAACACAAAGCGUGUCAUCCAGUACUUUGCAACAAUUGCAGCAAGCGGGGAGAAGAAGAAGGAGGAGCAGGCAGGCAAAAUGCAGGGAACGCUUGAGGAUCAAAUCAUCAGCGCCAACCCACUGCUGGAGGCCUUCGGCAACGCCAAGACUGUGAGGAAUGACAACUCCUCACGUUUUGGCAAAUUCAUCAGAAUCCACUUUGGGGCCACAGGCAAACUGGCUUCUGCUGACAUUGAAACUUAUCUGCUGGAGAAGUCCAGAGUCACUUUCCAGCUCAAGGCGGAAAGAAGCUACCACAUAUUUUAUCAGGUCACCUCCAACAAGAAGCCAGAGCUAAUUGAAAUGCUCCUCAUCACCACCAACCCAUAUGACUACCCUUUUGUGAGUCAAGGUGAGAUCACCGUUCCCAGCAUUGAUGACAAGGAGGAGCUGAUGGCUACAGAUAGUGCCAUUGACAUCCUGGGCUUCACUGCUGAUGAGAAGACAGCCAUCUACAAGCUGACAGGGGCUGUCAUGCACUACGGGAACCUGAAGUUUAAGCAGAAACCAAGAGAGGAGCAGGCAGAGCCAGAUGGCACAGAAGUUGCUGACAAAGCUGCCUACCUUAUGGGCCUGAAUUCAGCUGACAUGCUCAAGGCCCUGUGCUACCCCCGAGUCAAGGUUGGGAAUGAAUAUGUGACCAAGGGUCAAACCGCGCAGCAGGUGCACAAUGCUGUAGGUGCUCUUGCCAAGGCUGUCUAUGAGAGGAUGUUCUUGUGGAUGGUUGUUCGCAUCAACCAACAGCUGGAUACCAAGCAACCGAGACAGUACUUCAUUGGUGUGCUGGACAUUGCUGGCUUUGAGAUCUUUGAUUUUAACAGCUUUGAGCAGCUCUGCAUCAACUUCACCAAUGAGAAACUGCAACAGUUCUUCAACCACCACAUGUUCGUGCUGGAGCAGGAGGAGCACAAGAAGGAAGGAAUUGAAUGGACGUUCAUUGACUUUGGGAUGGACCUGGCUGCCUGCAUUGAGCUCAUUGAGAAGCCCAUGGGCAUCUUCUCCAUCCUGGAAGAGGAGUGCAUGUUCCCCAAGGCAACUGACACCUCUUUCAAAAACAAGCUCUAUGACCAGCACCUGGGCAAGUCCAGCAACUUCCAGAAGCCCAAGCCUACCAAGGGGAAGGUUGAGGCUCACUUCUCCCUAAUACACUAUGCUGGCACGGUGGACUACAACAUCACUGGCUGGCUUGAGAAGAACAAAGACCCCCUGAAUGAAACUGUCAUUGGGUUGUACCAGAAAUCAUCACUGAAAACGUUGGCCUUACUCUUUGCCAACUAUGGUGGAGCAGAAGCAGAGGCUAGUGCUGGCAAGAAAGGUGGCAAGAAGAAGGGUUCUUCCUUCCAGACGGUCUCAGCUCUUUUCCGGGAGAAUUUAAACAAGCUGAUGACCAAUCUGCGAAGCACCCACCCCCAUUUUGUACGCUGUAUCAUCCCAAAUGAAACAAAAACACCUGGUGCUAUGGAGCAUGAACUGGUGCUUCACCAGCUGCGGUGUAACGGUGUGCUGGAAGGGAUCAGAAUUUGCAGGAAAGGAUUUCCCAACAGAGUCCUGUAUGCAGAUUUUAAACAGAGAUACAAAGUAUUAAAUGCAAGUGCUAUCCCAGAAGGACAGUUCAUUGACAGCAAGAAGGCUUGUGAGAAACUUCUUGGAUCCAUUGAUAUAGACCACACUCAAUACAAAUUCGGUCACACUAAGGUGUUCUUCAAAGCUGGGCUGGUAGGACUCUUGGAAGAGAUGAGGGAUGAGAAGCUGGCGCAGCUCAUCACCCGCACACAGGCCAGGUGCAGGGGCUUCCUGAUGAGAGUGGAGUACCAGAGAAUGGUGGAGAGGAGAGAGUCCAUUUUCUGCAUCCAGUACAACAUUCGUGCAUUCAUGAACGUGAAGCACUGGCCCUGGAUGAAGCUGUUCUUCAAAAUCAAGCCCUUGCUGAAGAGUGCAGAAUCUGAGAAGGAGAUGGCCAACAUGAAACAAGAGUUUGAGAAAACCAAGGAAGAGCUUGCAAAGUCUGAGGCAAAGAGGAAGGAGCUGGAGGAGAAAAUGGUGAAACUGGUGCAGGAGAAAAAUGACCUGCAGCUUCAAGUGCAGGCUGAAGCUGAUGCUUUGGCUGAUGCUGAGGAAAGAUGU